AUUUGCUGUUCAUUGGGACUGUCUGCUGUGAAGACGUUACCCAAGUGCCAGCAAAUCUGACCCAGGAGGCCUAGAAAGAGCAGACCUUUUGGUUGUGGAGGGGUGGUCUUGUCCAGCUCAGUUUUCCUUCAACACCUGGGACCUGAGACAGACGUGGGGUGGACUUGGCCCCCUCCUGCAGACCCAUGGCGCACCGGCUACAGAUACGACUGCUGACGUGGGACGUGAAGGACACACUGCUCAGCCUCCGCCGCCCGGUGGGGGAGGAAUAUGCCACCAUAGCCCGGGCCCAUGGGCUGGAGGUAGAGGCCGCGGCCCUGGGUAAAGCCUUUGGGCAGGCAUACAGGGCUCAGAGCCACAGCUUCCCCAACUAUGGCCUGAGCCACGGCCUCACCUCCCGCCGUUGGUGGCUGGAUGUGGUCCUGCAGACCUUCCACCUAGCAGGUGUUCGGGAUGCCCAGGCUAUGGCCCCCAUCGCUGACCAGCUAUACAAGGACUUCAGCAGCCCCUGCAACUGGCAGGUGUUGGAGGGGGCUGAGUCCACCCUGACGGGUUGCCGGAAACGAGGUCUGAGGCUGGCAGUGGUCUCCAACUUUGACCGGCGACUAGAGGACAUCCUGGUGGGUCUUGGCCUGCGGGAACACUUCGACUUUGUGCUGACCUCUGAGGCUGCCGGCUGGCCCAAGCCGGACUCCCGAAUUUUCCACGAGGCCUUGCGGCUUGCUCAGGUGGAACCGGCCAUAGCAGCCCAUAUUGGGGACAGUUACCACUGUGAUUACAAGGGGGCACGAGCUGUAGGCAUGCACAGCUUCCUGGUGGCUGGCCCGGGGCCUUUGGACCCUGCGAUCAUGGAUUCUGUACCCCAAGAACACAUCCUCCCCUCACUGUCCCACCUGCUGCCGGCCCUUGUCCGCCUGGAGGGCUCCCUUCCAGGGCUUUGAGUCUGGGGAGGGAAGUGGCUACACCCAAC